AUGUUGAAAGAGCCAAUAAGGGGCCCAAUCACUCCAUCGGAGUUAUUAAAUGAUGUUGAAAAGUUGCAAAAUACAAGAACAUCAUCGAUUGAGCAUCUACCGGCAUUUUCGUUUUCUAAAAAACCAGUAAGUGCAUGUUCUUCUGAAACCACUGGUCUGAAUAUAACCACCGGGUUAUCACAAGGGACUAGUAAGAGCAAAAUCAAAUUGCUGCAACCUUGCGAGAUUAUGAACUUUGAUUAUGACGAACAAAUUAGAUAUCCUAGAAUGAGAAAUGGUUAUUUUGACAUUAGUAGCUCACCAAGAAAGGGCUCGUUUAAAAAGACAGCUUCCCUUGAACACGAAGAAGCAGUAACAAAAUCUGGAAACUAUGAACCAACUACAAAAUCUGGAAACUAUGAACCAGCUACCUUUGAUAUAAACCCUACAAUUAGACGGUUUUCAACGCAUGUAAAUGACAAUUUGGGGCAGGAGUACAAAAAGAACAAUUACAUAUAUGGGGAUAGUUUUGAAUCCAACUUGAAUUUGAUACACGAAAUGAGGAAACCUAUGAUGACACCGGCAGUUUUACGACCGCCAGCUGAAACCAAACCACCGCAAUUCUUAACCGCUUCUUAUACAAUUAUCAAUAUUGCAGAGAAUGAGAACCCUCACAUUCACAACUUACCUGAAUUUAGAUACUUGAAGAAGUUUAAACGAUUAAAAAUUACUCAAGGGUAUGCUGAUCUAGAAGAAGAUGCAAAUACGAGUGAUAGAAGAAUGAGCAUUGUCGACGAUGUAACCACCGACUGGAGCUGGAGCUCAUUUUAA